AUGUCUAAUGUUUCUACAUCUUUUUUGUCGUUCCCCUAUCUAUGGAGCUUAGCAGAAUUGAGAGAUUUUCCUCGAAGGCCAUAUUUGGAACCUGCCUCAGCUUCAUUCUCGCGACCCGGCGCUCCGUUAGGACACUGGGUCAUGUUCCCCGCUCAAGAUCCAGAUCCGCACGUCCUUUUCAACCGCGACUAUCUGCCUGUAACGACGUGGCUUACAGAAUUUACGGAUCUCACCUAUCUCACUGCCUUGAACGGCACAUGCCUGAUCUAUGAAAUCGACAUUCCCGAGAGGAGCUAUUUCUGGUUCAAGUAA